AAUAUCAUUCCAACCCGGCAUAUCCGAGCUCCUCUGAACCGGCAAGUUCUAGGCGAAAAGGAAAAAAUAGGAGACGAACUCGAAACCCUAGUACUUGCAGAGCGUAAAGCAGUAGCAGUGGAAGUCGAAGAACAAUGUCGUCGACUCUACUGGAGGUGACUCGUGCAUCGCACGAGGAAGUUGAGCGGUUCGAGCGCCUUAUUGUGAAGGAUCUCCAGACUGAGCCGGCCACUAACAAGGACCGGCUCCACCAGAGCCACCGCGUUCGUAACAUGAUCGAGCAAAUCAUUGAUACCACACACAAACUAGUAGAUAUAUAUGAAGACAAAGACGGAGCGAGGAAGGAUGAAAUUGCAGCUCUGGGAGGCCAGACAGCAACUGGAACAAAUGUGUUUAGUGCAUUUUAUGACAGAUUGAAAGAGAUUCGUGAGUACCAUAGAAGGCAUCCUGCUGCGCGUGCUAUUAUUGAUACUGGUGAUGAAUAUGAGCAGCUCCUCAAAGAAGAACCACAAAUUGAGUUUAGCGGCGAGGAAGGUUCUGGGCGAUACCUUGACUUACAUGAAUUGUUUAACGAGUAUAUCAACUCCAAAUUUGGUGAACCAAUUGAAUACACGGCUUAUCUUAAUGUAUUUUCUGAACCACAGAAGAUUCCUCGUAAAGCAAAGACGACUAGGCGGUACCUAGAAUAUUUGCAGAAACUAUUGGAGUAUCUGGUCUACUUUUUUGAGCGGACGGAGCCCUUGCAGGAUCUUGAUAGGAUAUUUUCAAAGGUAACAAGUGAAUUCGAAGAGGAGUGGACUUUGGGCAAGGUAGAAGGAUGGGAAAAUAAUGGUCAGGAAAAUGGAAGUGCUCCAGAGAAUUAUACUGUGAUUGAUCUUGAUUAUUAUAGUACAGCUGAGGAGCUGAUGGUAGUGGGACCAGAGAAGUUAAAGGAGGCAUUGGGAGCACUGGGACUGAAGACAGGAGGUACUAUUCAGCAACGUGCCGAGAGACUUUUCCUUACGAAGAACAUCUCGCUUGAAAAACUAGACAGAAAGCAUUUCGCCAAGGGUUCGUGGAAACCAGAACAAAACAGUGUUGUUGCGACUUCUCACGUGGGUGAUGUUAAAGAGAUUGCUCUCUUGGAAGCCAAGAUAAGAAGGCUAUGUGAUCUGUUGGAUGAGACAAUUGUGCGGACAAGAGAAAAUGUUGAGAAAAAGCAGGCUUUGACAUAUGAAGAAAUGGAGGCAGAACGUGAAGAGGACGAUGUUCAGGCUGAGUCUGAGAGUGAUGAUGAAGACCAACAAAUUUAUAAUCCUCUGAAAUUGCCAAUGGGCUGGGAUGGGAAACCUAUUCCAUACUGGUUGUAUAAACUUCACGGUCUUGGUCAGGAGUUCAAGUGUGAGAUAUGUGGGAACCAUAGUUACUGGGGCCGUAGGGCUUAUGAGCGGCAUUUCAAGGAAUGGAGACAUCAACAUGGGAUGCGUUGCCUCGGUAUCCCAAAUACUAAAAACUUCAAUGAGAUCACAUCAAUCGAAGAAGCCAAGCUACUUUGGGAAAGAAUCCAAGAAAGACAAGGGGUGAAUAAGUGGCGCCCUGAUCUUGAAGAAGAAUAUGAAGAUCAAGAGGGCAACAUCUACAACAAAAAGACAUAUACUGAUCUUCAACGCCAGGGAUUGAUAUAGUUCAUCAUUCCAUUUGGUGAUGAUUAUGGACAAGGCCAGAUGUCUUGGUUUUGGUUGAGCAAGCUUCUUAUUAAGUAAGCGAUAGUUAAUGAAUUAUCCCAGAGAUAUGAUUCUUAUGUGAUUUGAUGUAUUCACCUGGUAACCCCUCUCAGAAGUUGCUUGGAAUUUCGAAUUCACCAAGUGGGGGACUGAGGGACGAGACAGAAACCUCUAUUUGGAGUGAAUGAAUGAAAGAAGCGAGGAUGUUUUUAGAUGGGCUAUUUGUUGUUUUUUUAGUUUUUUUUUCUUGAAACAAAGUUGUGGUCCUUGGUUCGUUUGGUAUUUUUCAUGGGCCGCUUGGGGUUUCGAUGAAGACAUCCGGAUAUUUCUGUAUACAUCACUGUUAUCUGUACUUUGAAGCUGUAGUAGUAUUAGUAAAUGAACGAAA